AUGUCUGCUGGGAUCUCGGAGGAUGAGAUUGAGCGCGAGCUACAGACGCUACGAAACCUACGACGGCGGUCCGCCUCCUCACCCGGUCCGGGCGCACUCGCCGUUGACCCGGAUCUCCCGCCUCCAUCCCCCUCACCUUCUGCAUCAUCUACAGCCUACACCUCCAACGACGAUGUCACCCUCGCCACGCCUGACGGGCUGGACGAUGACGGCUCGCUCUUCUGGGUCCCUGCGCACCUACACCCCGAAUUAGCUCCGGGCGAGUUCAAGGCGUUUCUCAAGGCGCACACAUCGGCCGACCCGGAGGAUGCAGAUGGGGACGAUACGGGCGCGGCGCCUGGACUAGCGCGUUCUGGCUCUUGGCUGAACCGUCGGGGCUCGGGGCGGCGAGCGGGCGGAGAUGGAUUGGGAAGGAAGCGGAGUAUGCUGUCCAAGCAGUAUCAGCCCCGAGCGGGGGACGCGAUCGAGGAGGAGGUUCCGCCUGUCCCGACCCGAAAUGGGCGGGGAAGCAUAUAUCGCGGUAGAGGAGGCGAAAAGGGAUUGACGCUGCAAGACCUGCAGAGGUUGGAAACGAUGGUGGACAGCGUGGAAGAGGGGUCGGAUGAUCCGACACAGAUGCGGACGAUGCUGAGGAGGAGCUUGAGUAUGAAUGUCGCACCAGGAUUUCUCCAAGACGACGUAGCUCAAGGGGACGAAGAGAACCAAGCUGUUGUCACUCCUCGACCUGGCUCGAUCAUCCGUCGCACAGCCCGUACACGGAUCCGGAAAGCGCAUCUGUCAGGAGACGGCGGCGGGCGACGCUUUCCCGCUUCUCGUCGGCCCCGACAGGACGGCGAGGAUGCGCGCCAAGCAUCGGACGGGGAUGAUGGCGAAGGAAGCGAGGAGCACUACAACCCCCUCGAGCGCUUUGAGCGACCUGAGUCGGGCGAGGGGUACGAGUACGAGGAGCGGUACCAGGAUGCUCUCGAGCAUCAAUCGUCAUCCAGACGGCUCGAGGAUCGCCGCGCAUCGGACGAGACGACCGACGAGGGUGUCAUCUUUGACGCGUAUCGGUCAUCGCGGACCAGCUCGCUCAGCUCGGAAUCGGGCGACCGGAGUAUGUCGGCCAGUCCCGACUCGUCACCCCCUCAGAAUCGCAAGCUCAGCCUACCCCCAAUAACACCCGGAUACCACGGUCGGGAGCAGUGGGAUUCUGGUGAAAAGACGCCAACGCAGGAAUCGGUCAAUGAUCCCAUGUCGCGGCAGUUCUCCAGUCCUAGCCCGGAGAACAGCGAGGAGGGGGCGCCGCGGACAGGGAUGCGCAAAGUCAGCGGGAUGAAACUGGAGGUACCACCCGCGUUUGACACACCCCGUCCACGACCUAUUUCACCCACCAGUCCACAGGCGACGCAGCGGCCGGCGGCGGCGGAAUACGAGCUGCCUCCUGGUAUGGCUCCACCCGUCACUCGACAAUCCGUCCCGCCCGGCUUGGCUCUUCAGCAUCAGAAGAGUCAAGAAAGCCUCGGUCCCUCUCCCAUCGACGCUCGACCCCCUCUUACCCGUCCCGACUCCUCCGCCUCCCUUUCGUCCACCGUUGCGUCAUCCUCGUCGUCCGUCAAGGAAAAGAAGAGCGGGUUCUUUGGCAAAAAGGACAAGAAGGAAAAGGAAAAGAAGAAGGAGAAGGAGGGGUUCCUCGGUUCGCUCUUUGGCGGAAAGAAGAAGCACGAGGAGGUUGUGACCGUGUCAAACUUUGGGACGGCCGGUCCCGCGGCCGCUGCGGCGCUUCUUGGCUCGUCGAAAUCGGCCAAGUCGAUGGGCCAUUCUCCCGCUCCAUCCCCUACCACUCCCGGCUUCCAGACCAACGGCGCGGGCAAUUUCGCCCGGUACCCCAUCCACGUCGAGCGCGCUGUCUAUCGGUUAUCACAUAUCAAACUCGCCAAUGCUCGGCGGCCCCUAUAUGAACAGGUCCUCAUAUCAAACUUGAUGUUCUGGUAUCUGGGCGUUAUCGGUCGGAACGUCAGCGAGGAGAAGAAGGCGGAUAAGGAGGAGAAGAAGGAAGUGGAGCCUGCCAAGCCACCGCCUGCAAAGGGAACCCCGCCCAAAUCCCUCGAGGGAGGCCAGGCGGGGAACGGUCUGCCAAUACAUCGGGAGAAGGAGAUCUCAGUACCUCCGCCCCAAGUCGUCCAGGCAGCACCGCCCCAGUCGACGCUGAAAAAGGGGUUGACCAAACCGGAACGUAGACGGGACGGGCGAGAUGCAGAGGCGGCCGUGCGGACACCUUCGUACGGUAUGCAGAACGCGCUGGUGGAUAGCGACCUGCGUGCGAGGGAGGCGAGGGAGAAUAGGGACUCGAGGGACUCGAGGGACUCGGGAUUGAAGCCGCAGGCAGGGGCAAGGGGUAUGAAUGGGAGUCCGUCACCGCCACCACAGCAGCAGCCAUAUCAAAAUUAUGGUCCACCUCCCGGCGGUCACCCCGCUCGCUCUCCUUCCAUUCCCAAUCUCGCCCCUCCCGACUCCAGGCGACAAGGCCCACCUUCACCCAAUAUGCAGCAACACACACGUCCGGCAUCGGAUCACGGACACUCGGCUCCCAUUCCGCGCGAGGUGCAGGGUCUGCCCAGAGGCGUACCGCAGUCGUCCUUCGGGCCCCCACCUCCACCUAAUGCCGGCUUUGACCCUGCUCGGGAUCCGCGUCAGCGGACACUAUCGACGCCCAGUCCGGUACAUGGACAGGGACCUCCGAUGGGCGGGCCAGGUCCAGCGGGCCAGAUGCGCCGGGUCGUCACGGAGGGUCGGCCCGAGCAAAUGGGCAGUCCACCUCCAGGCUCGCGACCCAUGCACCCGUCCCACUCUGGUCCUCAGCCUGGCCAGAUCUUUCAAUAUCCCGGCUCAGUCAGUCCACAUUCGCCGACCGGACUCGGCCCACCCGGUUCCUCUCAACCACAACCUCCCUUCCCAAGUCGCGCAUCGAGCCAUCCAGCUCCCGGCCAACUGUUUUCCCCUCCACCAGGCGCCGGCCCGCUGCCUGGUCAGGUGUUCCACCGGCCCCCACCAAAUGGGCAGGGCUACCCACAUCCCGGCCCUCGGCCAGGUCCACCCCCAGAAAUGUGGGCGGGUCCACAACGACUCCCACCCCCUCAGCCUGGUCAGCCCAUGCCUUACCCUCCACAACAACAGCAACAGUAUCAAGCCCGACCGGACUUUGCCCACCCGCAGCCGCAGGUACCUUAUGAUCCCAGACGGGCGCUUCCUGGUCCCCCUCAAAACGGACAAUACCCUCCAGCUCGACCGCAGGCGUACCCCCCUCGUCCGCCACAGCUCGGCGCGCCGGUGGGCGGGUAUGGGGCUUAUCCACACCCUCCAAAUGGUCCGGGACCGCAACCAGGGCAGUCCGAGUACAGGAGAAGUCAGGCGGUACCAGGGCAGUACGGCCAUCAUCGUUGA